UUGGUAAAUCAAUGUCCAUUUACUAAAGCAAAGGAUUAAUUUAUUGAGUUUUAGCUAUGGAUAAUCAUUUAUAAAUUUUGUUUAAAUCCUUGCGGCUAGUUGUUUUUAAAUUUUAAAAUGUUCUCUAAGAAGAAAAAUCGAUACAACGCUUAUAUGAAAAAGACAGACACAGGAAUUAUUGUGAAAACAGUUGACUCACUUACUGGGUUUGAAUCGUUGAUAACAUUUUCAUCAGACUCUAGUAUAUUGCGAAAAGAAGAAUCCAGCAGUGAUUAUUUGAAAGAAAAUGUUUGUCCUAGUUUAAACCAGGUUAAUGAAGAAGAUCAACAUUCAAAUGAAAAUAGGAAUCAUUCACCGACAAAAUUAAACCCAAAUCUCAAUACCAGAUUAAAUGGAAUCAGCUCUGAUGUGAGUGAAGUUCAUCAGAAUGUUCCUAAUUUUCACGUUUAUAAAGAUUGUAGUGGCUCAACACAGUACUUCCAAAACCCUAACAUUAUAUUUGUUGCAAAUUCAAAAUUGGCCAAAGAUAAAACGGUUAAUUUAACAAUUCCUGCAAAACUAGGAAACGUUUUCUAUCAUGGCGUUCUCAACAGAAACGGAGUUGUAAAGUUUAAAGCAGAAUCUGUUGUGAAGCCAUUCACAAUAGUUAUUGGUGAUUAUGUUAUCAAUAUCAGUUUGAACCACAGUCUAAAAUCAGCCAAAACUAGAAGUCAAAUCAUAGGCAAAGAAAGUGAACUAAGUACAUACAGCAAAGAUAUUUUAAUUUCCUUCGACAAAGAAAAAUCUAUGAAAACCAAAGAAACCAAUACAGAGUCUACAGAGACUCUAAAAAAUUGUGUAUCAUUUACCAAUAGCUUUACUCAAACUAAUGAUUUAGCUACAAUUGACCAUUGCCUGGUUGGGAAUUCAGAGUAUAGAGAAGAGGAAACAAUUAAAUUAACAUCUUGCUCUGAAAAUAAUAAACAAGAGUUUGAAUGCUUGGCUAAACACACUGAAUUCUCAAAUAUGUCCUUAGAGUGUCAUCAAACUCAAACAGAAUCUAUAGUUUAUGGCAAAUGUUCAGAAAAGUCAUCUCUGGAAAAAACUGACCACAUAGAAGGAUUUAAAACAGAAUACACUCCUUUAUUUAGAGACAUGGAAGAAGAAAAGAAUGAUUCAUUGCAAACACACAUCGGUUCCAAUUUGAAUAUUCAGCUUUUGAACUGUGAAAUCCCAAAAUCUGAUGAACCGUUUGAAAACUCAAUUACACAGCAUACUAGUGUUGAUAAGUCGGAGAUUCAUGAUUCGUGCUGUGGUCAACGGUCAGUCAUAAAUGGGAUGGAUAUAAGUCUGAUGUCAUCUCUUAACCAAUCUACACAAAGUCCACUAAUUGGACAUACAGAGUUACCAGCUUCAAAAGAAGUUGAGGGUGAAAUACCAAGUGAAAAAUGUAACGAAUCACUGAUGCACAUAAAAAAGAAGUUAAGUGAAACGACCGUUUAUUUGCAGAGACUAAAUUUAGCCAUACAAUCAAUGAAAAUCCUUCCACAACUGCCAGUUACUGGUGGUUCAGAGACUAUUAAGGUAUAUGACAAAGGACAUGGACGAACAAAAUUUAACACAUCAAAUCUACCAAAAAGAGUGAAUGCACUGACUUCACUACCAAAGAUUUUAAAUAAACAAAAUGAAAGAAAGAUAUUGCCUGAAAAUAACGCAGGAGAAUAUGCAAGGAAUAUGGUAGAAGAAGAUAAAGAGUUUGUCUUAUUAUACAAAGGACAAGCUAAGUCAAUGCCCAACUUAUUAGGGCUUAGAAGAUCUGGUGUUCACAAUUUUAUCAGACCCAAAGACGUUUUUUCCUCAGUGGAUGAAAAAUAUAACUCUGAAAAGAAGUCUGGCAGGUAUCCAACAGAAAUGCCACUAAGAAGUUGUACUUGUACUAAAUGUUGUUUUAGUAAUUUGGAAAACACAGAUAAGUUCUUAAGUAGUAAUUCUGGGGAAGGAAAACCAAACUUUUUGUGUACUAUCUGUGAUCAAGCUAUCACCAAAAAGGAUGUCAAGAAAUCUGUUUGUGACUUCCACAUAAAUAACACAUCUGUAAAUUUCAAUGGAAAAAUCUCUCCACAUUGUCUUAAGUGUACACAAGUGAGUGAGAAGAAAAAUCCUAGUCAAGUUAGUUUAAUGUCUGAUGAAAAGGUCGAUGAUUCAGUAGAGAGUAUGCAGACAAUAUAUAUUAAACCAGAUUUUAAAGAUUCAAGUAAAUUAACCACACCUGCUGAUCAACCGGGUUCUCCAAAGAAAAUGUUAAAUCCGCAUGAUGUUCUUAUAAGAGAUAAAUAUAGUGUAUGUCCCGCUGUAUCAACUGAUGGUAAACACCGUUUUGAAGAAUCAGCAAACUCCAAAAGCUUCACUAAGAAAUUUAAACAGCAAUUUUCAAAGUACAAGGGUCGACUAAUAGACUUUAAAAUAUUGAAAAAUAGAAAAGAUGAUUUCAACCAGUGGUCUGUAAACAAGAUUUUUAAUACCAGACCUAUUUCAGGAAAUGAUAAAACUAUCGAUAAGACUAACAGUUGUUCGGAUGCCUCUUUGGAUACUCCUAAUAAGGUAUGAUGGGUAUUUGCAGGUGUGCUAAGAAAUUUUGAUGGAAUGAAGAGAACUAUCUUCAUAAACUCAAUAUUAAAUUUAAUACUCAUUUUAAGAUACAUUUCCCCUAAGAUGACACAUUUUCUUACAACAGAAAAUCCUCAAUCAAAUCUUAAACAAAUAAGAAACAUAUUAAUAAUUGGAAUGUAUACAACUUCUGAUUUUGUAAUGGAUAAAUAAAAUAAAAUUAAAACAAA